UUGGGAAUCUAUAAAUAUUCCUAUUUUCGCGCAUUUCUUGAUUAUAAAACCGGAUAAAUCCAUGCUUACUACAACAGUUUCAUUAACCCUCACAUCAGUUAUUCUUCUUGCAUUAGCCAUAAUAUUCAACACUGUUCAUGAUCCAUUAUCAGCUUCAAUAGGAUUUUCGAUACUUGGAUGUGCAAUAACAUGGCGACUUGUUCCCGUGUUAAAAGAUAGUUUUUUAAAAGCAAACCUGGUUGGAAAAGACGUGAAUAAGCUUGACAAGCAAAUCAUUCCGGAAAGCAUGGGUGUCAUAUGUGCGACGGUUUACCUAGUAUGCUUGUUCUUAUUUAUUCCCUUUCCAUUUAUGGAAUGGUUUACAGGUAAAGGUAUCAUCUCGCACACUGAAGAAUUUCAAAAGCCAACUUUUCCUCAUCAUAAG